UCAUGGAGAGAGCUGUGGUGCAAAUCACCCUCUUUGGGCUGUUGCUGGCUUUGGCUACCACACUACCAAACAAGGACAAUUGGGAUAUAUACAGCUUUCACAUCAACUCCACGGUGACCAGUCGUUAUGCAACCACUGUCAUCUCAAGCCGCAUGGCCAAUCGUAUGGACGAGUCAAAGGAAAUAGAAUUCCACGUCCGGAUUCCCAAGAACGCCUUCAUCAGUAAAUUUAGAAUGUUUAUAGAUGGAGAAGUGUACGAUGGUGUUGUGAAAGGUAAAGACAAAGCUCAGCAGCAGUACACCGAGGCUGUGUCCCGUGGCCAAAGCGCUGGAAUUGUCAGUUCUGUAGGGAGGACCCUGGAGGAAUUUAAGACCUCUGUGACUGUGGCUGCUCACAAAAAGGUCACCUUUGAACUCACAUAUGAGGAGCUGCUGAAACGCAGGCUUGGCAAGUACGAGCUGCAAAUCCACGCUCGACCCAUGCAGCCUGUCAAAGACUUCAAGAUUGAUGUGUUCAUUCACGAGAAAUCCGACAUCAAUUUCAUUGAGGUUAAAGGAGGACUAAGCACCAAUGUCCUGGCCAAUGCCAUCACCAAAACACAUGCAGACAAAAAGGCGUGGGUGUAUUUUUACCCAACAGAAGACCAGCAGAAAACGUGUGACAGCUGUGGAGAGCAGGGUAUGAAUGGAGAUCUGGUUAUUGUUUAUGAUGUCAAAAGGGACAGCUCCAUGGGAGACAUCAAGACUUCAGUGGGAUACUUUGUUCAUCACUUUGCUCCAUCUAGUCUUGCCCGCAUAUCAAAAAAUGUCGUCUUCGUUAUUGAUCAAAGUGGCUCAAUGCACGGCAAAAAAAUGCAACAGACCCGAACAGCAUUAAUCCACAUCUUGAACGACCUGGCAGAGGAUGAUCACUUUGGUCUUAUCACUUUUGAUAGCAGCAUUUUUCACUGGAAACGAGAACUUGUUCAGGCCAACAAGGAAAACCUAGAGAGCGCCAAGACAUUUUCACGGGAAAUUAGAGAGAGAGGAUCCACAGACAUUAAUGGAGCAGUGUUGGAAGGAGCACGUAUGCUGAAUGCACAUCCCAGGGAAGGUUCAGCGUCUAUCCUCAUACUUCUCACUGAUGGAGACCCAAACUCAGGGGUGACAAAUCUGGAAGUAAUCCAGUCAAAUGUCAGACAUGCUAUUGCAAACAAAUUCCCUCUCUACUGUCUCGGUUUUGGUUUUGAUGUCAAGUUUGAGUUCCUUGAGACGAUGUCACUGCAAAACAAUGGUGUGGCACGACGGAUUUAUGAAGACUCUGACGCUGCCUUACAGCUGAAGGGUUUCUAUGAAGAGGUGGCCACUCCUCUGUUAAUAGAUGUGACAAUGACCUAUAAUGGUGGGACCAAUCUAACUCAGACUAACUUCAGCCAGUAUUAUAAUGGCUCCGAGAUUGUGGUGGCCGGUCAAAUCACUGACAACAACAUUGAAACCUUCACUCCACAAGUUGUGGCCAUUUCGAGGAGUAGAAAGGUGACGUUUUCUGACACAAACUCCACCGUGGAGUCCACUGGAACAGAGUCUGAUGACCACAUCCAGAGGGUUUGGGCCUACCUCACAGUCAAACAGCUUCUGGAGAAAGAGCUGCUGUUAUCUGGACCUGAGAAGGAAAACGUGAAGAAAGAGGCUUUGGAGCUGUCGCUGAAGUACAGCUUUGUGACCCCACUCACAUCCAUGGUGGUCACCAAGCCUCAGGGCGAGGACACAGAUGUGCUCCUUAAACCCAAGGAAGGUGAAGCGCCACAGGACCGGCGGUCUUUUGGAGGGCAUGGUCAUGUGCAUGGUCAUAUGCAUGGUCAACACUUUACAAGAGUUGUGGAUCUAAUCUCCGGGGGAUCAGGUUCUGCAGCAAGCCGUACUAUGCCAGCUCACCCGGGUAUGUCAGCUCACCCGGGUAUGUCAGUGCAUGGUUCUGUUAUUCAUGAUAUCACCGAAGCUCACCCGGGUAUGUCAGGUGUUAUAGAGCAUGAUUCUGAUAUUCAUGUUUUCACCGAAGAUUUAAUUCUUGACUACGAUUUUGCAACCCAAGUUUCACCCACCAUUGUGCCAGAAAGAGAAACUAAUGUUCCUCUUUCCCACAGGUUUUUGAUCAAAACUGAGAAUCUCUCACUUCCACUAUGCUUUGAUGUCACUGGAGAUGUUCGCCUUAAACUACUUCAUCAUCCCAACAGGGAGCUGUCUGUGAAUGGUCAGCUUGAUUCAGUAACAUUUGGAGGCUUCCAAAGGAUUGUCAUCCACUUCAAGACUGACCUAAGUGUUGAGGUUGCAACCAAUGAAAUCACUGUACGAGAGGGACAGUCAAUGUCACGCCACAGUGGACAGACUUACUUUACAAAUGGAAGAUUGACAGUGAUUAGGCGGGACCAGGAAAUCGAUGUUGCAGAUGGAGACACACGCAUAGUCAUCUUAAUUCAUGUGAAGGAUGGCGAAGAAUUCCUCUGGCCGGUUUUAAGACAGCAGCCAUCAGACAACACUGAAGGAAUUCUAGCUCUAAAGCCAGCAGUUUAUGAGGAAGUGCAACAAACUCCCUCCACAAAACUUAAGAUCAAAGACCUGGAGAUUGACGUUACCAGGGCCAAUGCUGUUGACUACAGUAUUGUCUCUCCCCCGACAAUUGACUGCUGGCUCAUGUCUGCUGAGUUUGCUCUGCAGAGAAGCUUGGAUGACUUCAUUGCUACACAACUGUAACUGGGAACCGUGUUGAAUCACUUGCAAAGAUUUCAUUUAAAAGAAAAAUAAGUCAAGCACAAGCUGAUUCAUUAUGGAUAAAGUCUUUCCACCUGUUACUAACAUACACAAAUAAAUAAUAA